AGGCAGAUGACGUGUAUGAAUCAAUCUGUUUUUCGUCCGGAGAGCAGAUCUCAAAGAGUCUGUCCUUUCCGAAGAGAAAACAGGAAGCAUCCUCAGGAAGCGCCUACUUCUCUUGUUUUCCAUCGAGAAAGAGAAAUGGCUCAAAUAUUUAUCAAGGAUUUCACAGGAUUAAGGGGUGUAGAGUCCAGGCCCGGGGAAGACAGGCAGUCAACAGAGGCCGGAAAGGACGUUGCUAUGGUUUCCACGCACUUGUCUCCCUCAGCCUGUUUCUUUGCGCGGCGCUGGCGAUUCCGUAAUUUCCGCUUCCGGUAGUGAGAACCCUUCCGGUCGGCUAGGUACUGAGCGCGCCAGGCUCUACAGAGUGCAGGUUUAAAUCCAAGGUCAUGGCAAAACAUCUGAAGUUCAUCGCCAGGACUGUGAUGGUACAGGAAGGGAACGUGGAAAGCGCAUACAGGACCCUAAACAGAAUCCUCACCAUGGAUGGGCUCAUUGAGGACAUUAAGCAUCGGCGGUAUUAUGAGAAGCCAUGCCGCCGGCGACAGAGGGAAAGCUAUGAAAGGUGCCGGCGGAUCUACAACAUGGAAAUGGCUCGCAAGAUCAACUUCUUGAUGCGAAAGAAUCGGGCAGAUCCAUGGCAGGGCUGCUGAGGCCUGUGGGUGGGACACCCAGUGCGAAACCCUCAUCCAGUUUUCUCUCCAUCUCUUUUCUUUGUACAAUCCCAUUUCCUAUUACCAUUCUCUGCAAUAAACUCAAAUCACAUGUCUGCAAGAAGGCCUCCAAAUAUAGAAACAAUCCCAUUA